AUGGGUGGAGGCGGAAAGAUCCCAUACCCCAAGGAAGUUUGGUCUCCCGCCGGAGGCUGGUACGCUCGGCCCGCGAACUGGAAGGCCAAUACCGCCAUAAUCGGCGCGGCCAUGCUUGGAAUCGUCGCUGCUGUAUGGAGCAUCAGUGCAGAGCGCGAAUACCGGGAUAGGAUGCCAGAGCCGGGCAGGUUCUUCCCCAGCCGAUACUGGAGCAAGCAGAUCAUCGAACACGAGAGGCAACAGGCGGCCAAGAACGAGUCAUAA